AAUAAAAGUGAUUCAUCCGGAGAGGCCAUUUUUCUAGCACUUAUUCUCUCUCUCUUUUUCUCGUUGUGUUGAAAGAACGUGGAGUGAAAAUGGCCAAGCGCACCAAGAAGGUCGGAAUUGUCGGAAAGUAUGGCACGCGCUAUGGUGCCUCGCUGAGGAAGAUGGUGAAGAAGAUUGAAAUCACUCAGCACUCAAAAUACACCUGCACAUUCUGCGGAAAGGACGCCAUGAAGCGCACGGUGGUGGGCAUCUGGUCGUGCAAGAGGUGCAAGCGCCGAGUGGCCGGAGGAGCCUGGGUUUAUUCCACAACUGCCGCCGCGUCCGUCAGAUCGGCCAUCCGACGACUCAGGGAGACCAAGGAAGCGUAAGCGCCCGCUCAUCGGAGUCCGGAGAACUUGAAAUAAAUGCACCCAGAGCUAAAAUAACAA